AUGGUACUCACUGCUACUGCUCUCGCUGCGCUGGCUGCCUUUUUACAGGUGGCUGUAGCAGAUAGGCAGGUCCACUUCGUCAACAAGUGUCCAUACGCAUUGUUUUACUGGGUUGUGGGCCCGGAAAAGUCCAACCUUCCCAGCGGCGACGAAAACCACUACGAGGUGUUUGCAAACAGCAACUCUUCCCACGCAAUGCUUGACACCCGAGGAUGGGGUGGUGGUGUUUCGCUCAAAAUUCGCGAUGUUCCUUACUACGAACAUCAACCUGCAGGCAUCCUGCAGGUCGAAUACACGCUCGACCCGGCUAAACGAUCCAUCUGGUAUGACAUGAGUUACAUUGACUGCGAUGCAAAUGUUGGUUACAAGGACCCAAAGUACUGUCCACUCAAGGAUGGUGGGAUCACGCUUGAAACGCCAGCUAAGUUCAACUGUCCUAAUGCCAGCUGCGAACAUGGCGUAUGCAGCAAAGUCUACGAUAAGCAUGGCGCUUGGCCUGGUGAGCCGAGCUACGCUUGCGAUCUCGAUUCGGAUAUCAUGGUCACGACUUGCACACAUGGCGCUGGACAGCCUACCUACGACUGGAAGAAUGAACCUGACAACAGUACACCGACGGUUCCCGCACCAGUCGUACCAGCGCCUGUUGCUCCCUCUCCCAUUGCAUCUGAGUCGGCCGUACUCGCUGCUCCCAAGCCAAUUUAUAUCUCUCCAAAUGGUACCUGCGGCGGAUCCACCGGCUACAAGUGUGAAGGAAGCCCCUUCGGCGACUGCUGUUCUCGUUUUGGCUGGUGCGGCUCAUCUCCCGAACACUGCGACACCGUCCCCCGAAACAGCACCUGCACUAUACCCGAGAGACUUACUGUCCCUGCACGUCUUCCCAACGUAUCAAACAACGGGCUCUGUGGUGCCAAGAACGGCUUGUCGUGCGAAGGCUCGCAGUUCGGUAACUGCUGCUCGCGCUGGAACUACUGCGGAGACACUGCCGAGUACUGCGAGGAUGGGUGCCAAGAUGCUUUUGGCCUCUGCAACAACGAGUACAAGUUGGAUCUCGCCAUGAACGUCACUAUCGCUAAGGGCGUCGUGACAAAGAAGAACUAA